AUGAAGUUCACCUACGCAAUGGUAGCCAUGGCUGCGGCCGUCUGGGCUGCCCCUGCUCCCGCUCUCGCCCCUGAGGCCGACGCCGAGGCCUGGUGUGAGCGUCCUGGACAAUCCUGCUGGAAGGCCAAGCGCGUCGCCGAUGCUGAGGCCUGGUGCGAGCGUCCCGGCCAGUCAUGCUGGAAGGCCAAGCGUGCUGCUGAGGCUCUAGCCGACGCGGAGGCCGAUGCCUGGUGUGAACGCCCUGGACAGUCGUGCUGGAAGCGUGACGCUGAGCCCGACGCCGAGGCCGACGCCUGGUGUGAACGCCCUGGGCAGUCGUGCUGGAAGCACAAGCGCGCGGCCGAGGCGAAUGCCUGGUGCGAGCGUCCCGGACAAUCUUGCUGGAAGGCCAAGCGUGUCGCCGAGGCUGAGGCUUGGUGUGAGCGUCCCGGCCAGUCAUGCUGGAAGACCAAGCGCGCCGCUGAGGCUCUGGCUGACGCAGAGGCCGAUGCUUGGUGUGAGCGCCCCGGCCAGAGCUGCUGGAAGCGCGAUGCCGAAGCCGAGCCUGAGGCUGAGGCAGACGCAGACGCUGAUGCUGAUGCUGAUGCUGACGCCUGGUGUGAGCGUCCUGGACAGCCAUGCUGGAAGGCCAAGCGAGAGGCUGAGGCCGAGGCCUGGUGCGAACGUCCCGGACAGUCAUGCUGGAAGGUCAAGCGCGCUGCCGAGGCCUUUGCUGCCCACUUUGGCGAGGGCGCCCUCGGGGCUCGCUCCGCCGAGGCCGACGCCAGCAACCUCCCCGGGGGCGCUUCCUUCAACGCCAAGCGCGUCAACGAUGAAUUGGCCCACCUCGUCGCCCUGACCAAGAAGUCCCCCGACGCUUUCUACAACGACCUCAACCUCGAGAGCCACUUUGCCCGCGACACUGUCCUGAACACGCGCGAGCCUGAGCCCUGGUGUGAAUCUAUGAACCGCUGCGCUCCCUACUUCUGCGACUACUACCCCGAGAAGUGCGCCGAGCAAGGCGGUGAGGAGGCUGCCGAGCAGGCCGCCACCGAAGACAAGCGCUGGUGCGAACGUCCCGGCCAGUCUUGCUGGAAGGCCAAGCGCGCCGCUGACGCUGUCCUCGAGGCCACCAGCCCCAACGAGAUCCGCGACCUGACCACCCGCUCCUUCGACCCCGAGUUCGCCAAGCGCGACGCCGAGCCCUGGUGCGAGCGUCCCGGUCAAUCUUGCUGGAAGCGCGACGCCGAGGCCAACGCUGAUGCUGAGGCUGAAGCCUGGUGCGAGCGCCCUGGACAGCCGUGCUGGAAGGCCAAACGUGACCUCGACGCCAUACGCCUGGCUGCCCGCAACAUCCUCGUGACCCUCCAAUAA